GACGUCAGUAAGAGUUACGAGAACCAACCAAUACAGUGCUUCUUUGUUAAGAUGAUGGCGGAAGCGGAUGCUGGACUGUCAGUGGUCUGUUUUGUUUGGAUUGCUUAAGUGCGUGAGCAAAACUGAAUGGGAGUCGUAUACAACACAUUAUUAUGCAUUAUUUUCUUACGGUUCAUGUGUGAAUGUGAUCAUGGCAACGCGACAGUCUUUCACAGACUCUGACACUGCUGACGAAGCAGUGAGAGCGACUUGUGAUGAUGCGUCGAUAUGUAAAAGGUUUGCAACCAGUAAAAGCUAUUGGAAGGACCCAUACAUCCAGUACUUUGUGAGACAGAUAGGUGAACGGAAGGCUCCUGAGAUCAACAGAGGAUACUAUGCCCGUGUACAGGGGGUCAAUCACCUCCUGGAUUCUUUUCUCAGAAAGACAGCAUGUGACUGCCAGGUAGUAAACUUUGGGGCUGGGCUGGACACUACUUUCUGGAGACUGAAGGAUGAAAACAUCUUGCCUAAAAAGUACUUUGAAGUUGACUUCCCCAUGAUUGUUGCCAGGAAGCUACACAACAUCAAGACAAAACCUCCCUUGUCAAAACCUAUAAUUGAAACACACUCCACGGAUUCACUAUUAAUAGAUGGCCACAGCCUGGACUCAGACAGAUACUGCAUCAUCGGUGCAGACCUCAGGGACCUUCCCGGGCUAGAGGGCAAGCUUAAGAAGUUCCAGAUGAAUCCAGAUUUGCCGACAUUGUUCCUCUCUGAGUGCGUGCUGGUGUACAUGACCCCUGAGCAGUCCUCUAAACUGGUGCACUGGGCAGCCCAGACGUUCCCCACCGCCAUGUUUGUCAACUAUGAACAGGUGAACAUGGCAGAUCGCUUUGGACAGGUGAUGAUUGAGAAUCUACAGAGACGCCAGUGUAACUUGGCGGGAGUGGAGGUGUGUCGCUCUCUGGACUCUCAGAAAGAACGGUUCCUGUUAUCGGGCUGGGAGAGUGCAGAUGCUCUGGACAUGAUGACUGUGUACAGUGUGCUUCCCCAGGAGGAUUUGGCCAGAAUGGAGAGGCUGGAGUUCUUGGAUGAGAUGGAGCUCCUGCAGCAACUGCUUCAGCACUACUGCAUCUGCUGGGCCGCUAAGGACAAGCUCAAAUUAGGACUUUCUCAAAUUGCAUUUUAAACCAAGGAAGGGACUGGCGUUGUGUAGUGAAGAUGAGUAAAAUGAAGAUGGUUCAAUGUGCCAUAAUCCAGAAAACCAGAAGAAAAGGAAACUAUAUUGACUACUGUAUUAUUGUUCCUUUAUCUGGCUUGAUUAUCAAAAAGUGUGUACAACAAGCAACAGCAUUUUUCUGUUAAAGAAGUUGUGUUUGCUUACCUUGUGUAUGUUCACGGCAUGCGGUGACUAUAGAAAAGAGACAAUGCACUUUUUCUAAAUGUGGUAGAUUAGUGUACAAAAUGCUUUUCCUGCUUCAUAAACUGCAUCAUUUCAAAAGGUACAGUAGGGCAAAUACAACAUUGACAAAUAAUUAAAAUAUUUUUAACUUACAAUUGCACAUUCAAAAGUCACAUGUCAGUAUCUGCCUGUUCAGUUGACAGUUUUACCUUGAUUAAUUAAUUGGAUUUCUAAAUUUUUAAAGGCUUUCCUGUUUUUUUUUUUUUUUUUUUUGCCCGUGGAUUUAUUUUCAGUCUUCUUUAAAAAUAGUUGAGAAUGAA